AAAAUUAAUUUCUUCUUCUCCUUCACUUGUGAUGCAAAACCCAAACCUGCAACUCCCUCCAUUGCUACUCUCCAGUAUCUUCUCGCUGUUUUGAGUUUUGAGCUAUGAUCUGCUUCAGAACCCUAAUUUCUUAACCUUCCCCUUCCCUUAUGGAGGACCCGGAGGGAGUUCUCAGCUUUGAUUUCGAGGGCGGCCUCGAUGCCGGCCCCACCAACCCCGCCGCCACCUCCUUGCCUCUCAUCCAGUCCGACCCUUCGGCCCCGCCCGCCGCCUCCGCCGUCUCCAGCUCUGGGCCCGGCGCCGUGGGUCAUGCCGUCACAGUUGAAGCGGGUGGCGCUGUGACCGGCAACGUCGGGAGCCGGAGGAGCUUCCGGCAAACUGUUUGCCGGCAUUGGCUCCGCAGCCUAUGUAUGAAGGGCGACGCCUGCGGCUUCCUUCACCAGUAUGAUAAGUCGCGGAUGCCCAUUUGCCGGUUCUUUCGUCUCUAUGGCGAGUGCCGCGAACAGGAUUGCGUGUACAAACAUACCAACGAAGAUAUCAAGGAGUGUAAUAUGUACAAGUUUGGUUUCUGUCCAAAUGGUCCAGAUUGUCGGUAUAGGCAUGCAAAACUUCCUGGACCUCCACCUCCAGUGGAAGAAAUCCUUCAGAAAAUACAGCACUUGAGUUCAUAUAAUUAUGGUCCCUCAAACAAAUUCUUUUCACAACGGGGAGCUGGAUUAUCCCAUCAAAUCGAAAAACCUCAAUUUCCUCAGGGGCCAGCCACAGUUAAUCAAGGAGUGGUGGGAAAACCCUCUACAGCAGAAUCUGCUAAUGUCCAACAACCGCAAGCUCAACAGUCUGCUCAACAAACCAGCCAGACUCAGAUACAAAGUCUUUCUAAUGGCCAGCCCAAUCAAUUAAACAGAACUGCGACGUCUUUGCCUCAAGGAAUAUCUAGGUACUUUAUUGUUAAAAGUUGCAACCGCGAGAAUUUGGAAUUAUCUGUACAACAAGGGGUAUGGGCAACUCAAAGAAGCAAUGAAGCUAAACUUAAUGAAGCUUUUGAUUCUGCUGAUAAUGUUAUUUUGAUUUUCUCAGUCAAUCGGACUCGACAUUUUCAGGGUUGUGCAAAGAUGAUGUCCAGGAUUGGUGGAUCUGUCAGUGGGGGCAAUUGGAAAUAUGCACAUGGAACUGCACAUUACGGGCAAAACUUUUCACUCAAAUGGCUGAAGUUAUGUGAAUUAUCCUUCCAGAAAACUCGCCAUUUGAGGAAUCCAUAUAAUGAGAACUUACCAGUAAAGAUCAGUAGAGAUUGCCAAGAGCUAGAGCCCUCAAUUGGUGAACAGCUGGCUUCUUUGCUUUAUCUUGAGCCAGAUGGUGAACUCAUGGCAGUCUCGCUAGCAGCAGAGUCGAAACGAGAAGAGGAGAAGGCAAAGGGAGUUAAUCCUGAUAUUGGAAGUGAGAACCCAGACAUCGUCCCAUUCGAGGACAAUGAAGAAGAGGAAGAAGAAGAAAGUGAAGAGGAGGAGGAGGAGAGCUUUGGCCAGUCCGUUGGUCUUCCAGCUCAGGGAAGGGGAAGGGGCAGGGGAAUCAUGUGGCCCCCACACAUGCCAAUGGGACGUGGUGCCAGACCCUUCCAUGGAAUGCAGGGUUUUCCACCUGGGAUGAUGGGUCCAGAUGGGUUGUCUUAUGGACCUGUUACACCUGAUGGAUUUCCCAUGCCAGACAUUUUUGGCAUGGCUCCCCGUGGUUUUGGUCCAUAUGGUCCUCGAUUCUCUGGUGAUUUUAUGGGUCCUCCAUCUGCUAUGAUGUUUCGCGGACGUCCUUCUCAACCUGGGGCCAUGUUCCCCCCUGGUGGUUUUGGCAUGAUGAUGGGUCAAGGACGCGGUCCCUUCAUGGGCGGGAUGGGGGUUACUGGUGCUAACCCAGCUCGACCUGGCCGGCCUGUGAGCGUGUCUCAAUUGUAUCCACCUCCAGCAGUACCCCCAUCUCAGAACAUGAAUCGGGUUGUGAAGCGGGAUCAGAGGGGGCCGGGUAAUGAUCGAAAUGAUAGAUAUAUUGCGGGUCCAGACCAAAGCAAGGGCCAGGAGAUGCCAGGAAGUGGACAUGAUGAUGAGAUGCAAUAUAAACAGGGAUCAAAAGCUUAUCCUGAUGAGCAAUAUGGCAUAGGAACCACGUUUAGGAAUGAAGAGAGUGAAAGCGAGGACGAGGCGCCUCGAAGGUCAAGGCACGGAGAGGGGAAGAAGAAGCGGAGAGGCUCUGAAGGAGAUGCAACUGUAGUCUCUGAUCAGUGAUCUCCUGUAGUUGUAAUAUCUGGCCGAACAGCCUCCGUUUCGCUGCUGACCAGGAGUAUCUUCCUACUUAGGCAAGGCAUCAUUGAACUUAACUUAGUGUUGUAAGUUCUAAAAUUGGAGUACUUGACCUUCAUCUCAUUCUCUUUUCCUCAUUUGUUUUAUACAUUCAUUUUUAGGCAACUUCUCUAAACUGAUACAUUUCUGAGGAAAGUCAUAAUCCAUACAUUGUUUUACAAAUCUGUAAAAGAAUUCUCACAGGAUGUUCUGAAGGGAAGAGUCUCAUCAUAAAGUCGAUAUUCGAAUUCGAUGAUGUGAAGCUGUUAUGUUUUUCCCCUUGCACCUCCAUUGUUUAACUUCUUCCCCCAUUACAGAAAGGAAAGAAAAGGGGGGAGUCUGCAAUGUAUAUGUAAAAUCCAUGUCUGCAUCAUACAAGAUGUGUUAUGUCUAUGAUAUGGCACUGGCAGGCCCUUUUUCA